CUGCAAUAACCGCCGACGUUAACACACCGGUUCUUGCGCUUCUCGUGGUCGCUUGUAGUGUAUCCGUAACACCUCCGAUGAUCACGUGCUCCUCUCUGUGUGCAUGAUAAUUUGCUAUUACAUACAUAUUUUUUAUCUAUCUUGUCAUUAAGUUAUACAUUUUCGCGUGUUUACAAAUACGUAUUGUCAAACUCUCGGAUAUUGAUAACGACAAUAGUUUUUUUUUCUAAAUCAAUUUAGUUUUUGUUUUAAAAUGUUAAUGACAUCAAACUGUUUUGCGGCUUACGCGGCUGUGAAAAUUUGAAAAAGAGUUUUUCGACAUUCAGUGGAUGCAUAAUUGUUGAUUUUUUAGCAGUUGAAAAGUAUUUAUCCAAGAAACAAAAAUGUUUUUGGAAAACGAACAUCAACCGAUUAUGAGUCAUUCACCGUACGAGUUGACUCGACCAGCUAUGGAUCACCAUCACCACAUCCAUCAUCACCAAACAGUAGCCGCCGAUCAACAAGACGACUCGGAAGGCCGCAGCACGGCCAGUUCCCCGACGUCUAGUUAUCGAGACCUAUCGGGUUGCGAGGAUUUCGACCUAAAAAUUCCCAAACCUACCGGUGGACCCGGUUCAACUGGUAAUAACAAUAAAGAACAAAAACCAAAAAAACACAAAUGCAAACACUGCGGUUUGGAGUGCACGGAAAAAGUUCAAUACUGGAAACAUAUUCGCACGCACAUCAAACCCGAACAGCUGUUAGAAUGUCCAAACUGUGAAUUCGCCACGGACUUGAAACACCACUACGAGUACCAUUUGCUUAAUCACACCGGCGCCAAGCCUUUCACUUGUCCCGACUGCGACUACAAGUGCGUCAGUAAGUCAAUGCUCCAAUCACAUCUCAAGUCUCACUCCAACGUGUUCCAGUUCCAGUGUUAUGACUGUGGAUAUGCUUCAAAGUAUAUGCACAGUCUGAAACAACAUUUGAAAAAACGCGAUCAUCGGCCGGCUACGCCGCUCAACCCGGACGGCACACCGAACCCAGAUAUCGUGAUCGACGUUGUUGGUAACCGACGUGGUCCCCGACAAAACAAGAAGCACAACAGACACAACCCUUACCAACAGCACCAACCGACGGUAAUCCACGCAGAAGACUCUCAUCCGUCGCCGUAUUCCAUGCAACAGUUAUUGCAGAUUCCGACGACGGGUGCGCCCGUACAGUAUCCCAUUCCCGAGUCGUUCAUGUAUUCCAUGAUCACCAAACGCACCAUGGAGAUGGUGGAUUACCAUGCGGAGUACAUGGCUAUCAAGAAUAACAACAACACCACUGCGGUAGACGAUAAAAUGGACGUUCAAUGUCCGACCGAGCUGGCUAAAGUAGAAAUGGCCCGUAGCAGCGGUGACAGGACGCCCGAACCGAUUACCGACCUGCCUGUUCAAAUGAUGACCGCCUUAGACAUGCAAGGUCCGUUGAACUUGAGCAAAGACUCCAUGACGCCACGUGUGGCCGGCAGCAGUAGACGCAAAGGUAUUGCUUGUAAGCUGGAGAGGCCGGAGCCACCCAAAGUCAUUAUGUCUGUCGAGUCCAAGUCUGAGGAACAACAGGAACCCAUGUCGCCCGUAAUGGAACGCGAGAAGAGCGAACCGAUUGCCGACAAAGAAGACGGCACGCAUGUGUGCCACCAUUGCGACAUAAUUUUCAAAGAGAGUAUCAUGUAUUCUAUGCACAUGGGAUUCCACAGUUUCAGGGAUCCUUUUGCGUGUAAUUUAUGCGGUGAGAUAACGGCCGAUAAGUUUUCGUUUUUCGCUCACAUCGCUCGCGUGCCACACAGUUAGACUUUUUUAAUUGUUUUAUAGAGUACAAAAUUAAAAAUAUGUAAAAAACAAAAAA